UAUUUGUUCAUGGCCAGGUUUGAUUAUUUAUCAUUGUAAGGUCUGUUAUGCGGCCAGAGUACGCGUUAAAGUUAAACGAACUAGACAAAGGUUGUUGCCAGUGAUAACAAGAAAGAAUCAAAAUGGCUCAAACUGCAGACUCGACUUGUGAAAUCUGUACCGGCGAACCAGGUGACCAUUACUGCCAGCAGUGUGAUCAAUUAUUUUGCGGAAACUGUAAAUUAUCUCAUUUACGCACAAAGAUAAGUAAAAACCACACGUUUCUAAGUGGAAUAAACAUCAACAAGGAAGAAAAACUCCUCUGUACAGAACACGAAGAAAUGUUUUUUUUCUUCUGUCAAGAUUGUGAUACUCCUGUGUGUAAAACUUGCAACGUAGAAAAACACAGCCGCCAUUUGAUGACAGACCUUACUAAAUCUACUGAAAAACUUAAAUCUGAACUUGCUGAGGACAUUAAAUCGAAGGUAACAACAUCGAGGCAAAAUGUCAGCAAAAUUGAAAAAGAAACGAAAAUCUACAGCGAAGAAGUCAAAGCAGUCAUCAAGACCAUUACUGAUGAGGGUAAACACUGGAAGAAAUUGAUCGAUCAAAAAGUAGAGAGUUUUAUAAAGCUCGUGCAGGAUAAGGAACAAAAAGCAUUACAAAAUAUGUCUGUUCUAACGAAGGUUUUUCGUGGAGAAUUUGAAAUCUUUCAACAUUGGCAAAAGACCAUUACAGAAAUGGAAACAAUAGCAGACGUACUAAUGUUACGAAAGCUGAAACAACUAAAACUUGAUGUUGACAAUAUAGAUUCUAAACCUGUUCCCGAAAGGUCGUCUGUAUCAUACGAAAAGAAAAAGCCUGCAGGCACAGAAAUCGACAGCCUGUUCGGAGAGUUGAAGUUUAAGUCACCAUCAGUGCAAUGGUACAUCUACAUGUGCACGAAUUGCUGUACUGAGCAGGUUUCAACGAUAGAGCCAGAACGCAGCAGUAGCUUGGAUGGGAUAGAGCCAGAACGCAGCAGUAGCUUUGAUGGCGGUGAAGGUUUGUUUAUGGAGUGCAUUGACGAUGAAUGUAGCUGCGAAAAGCAGUUACGGUGGCAUGAGUUAAGUGGAAAAGCAUAGAACAAACCCGCAACUCACGGACUUUAAAAGAUGUCAUGGCAUUCAUAAAAAUGAUGUGUGUUAAGACAAAAACAAAUACAGAUCAUCAUAUUAACCGUCUGAAUGAUAAGAGACAAAAAACAUUCGUUUU